CCUUCAAUACCAACCAUGUUCUCUGUAGCUCUGCUGCUGCUGCUGCUGGCUGCUGGAUCCUGUGUGAACAGUAUUGAUCUCAUCCAGCCAGACUCAAAGAUUGUGCAGCCUGGACAGUCUUUGCCCAUCACCUGUCAGGUCUCUGGUUAUUCUUUGACUGAUGGCAGCUAUGCAACAGGUUGGAUCAGACAGUGUGAAGGAAAACCAAUGGACUGGAUUUUGCACCGGUGGGGCGGAGGAGAAAUUCAUCAAAAUAAUGCUCUGAAGAACAAGUUUCUUUACUACACACACACUUCUACCAGCUCAGUGACUCUAACAGGACAGAAUCUGCAGCCUGAGGACACAGCUGUUUAUUACUGUACGCAGCACUGUGAUGCGUUUGACUACUGGGGUAAAGGGACCCAAGUCACAGUAUCAUCAGGUCAAACUGCUGCAGCACCGACUCUGUUUCCUUUGGUUCAAUGCCAACCUGGGCCUGAUAAUACAAUCACUGUUGGUUGUCUCGCACUUGAUUUCUUCCCAAGCCAACUUGAGUUCAGUUGGGCCAGUUCCCAUGGGACCAGCUUGAAUCCUGUACAUUAUCCUUCAGUUCCGAAAAACAACAAAUACACAAAAGUCAGUGUGGUCAAAUUGCCAAAGUCUGACUGGGAUGCAAAGCAUUCUUUUAAUUGUUCUGCAGGCUCCAAGAGUGUGAUGCUGAAAAAACGUGUGUCCCCACCCAGUCCACAAGUAGCUUUGCUAUCAGUGCCACGAGGAGAUACUCAAGCCCUUGUGUGUACAAUUGAUCAUUUUGCCACAAAGGGAUUUACAGUCCGAUGGAAAAAGAAUGCUCAUGAUGUUUCUGGAGGCAUUAGUUUUACUCCUGAGCUAGUUGAAGACAUGUAUUCAGCUAUCAAUAUCCUGAACGUCAAGAAAACGGACUGGGACAACAAGGAUGUUUACACAUGUGAGGUGACGCACGCUGGAACACAUAAAUACAUAAAGAAGGCCUCUAAAGAUCCCAUCACAGUGACACUGAACCAACCGAGUCCCAAAGAGAUUUUCAGCAACAACCAGGUUAAGUUGGAGUGUGUCAUUACUGGGAAAGUCCAGAGUAUUGUUGACAAUACUAAAAUCGUCUGGCAAACUGAUGGAAAAAAUGUGACCGAAAAUGUGACUUCUUCAGACACACAGUCCAGCAGUGACCAGUAUAGCAAAACCAGCACAAUGACUCACAGUUACACUGAGUGGCUGGGAGUCACCAAAGUGCGCUGUUCUGCCGAAGGAAACGAUAUGACUCCAGUUGUUCAAGAUCUGACUGUCCACAAGGGAGAUGGAGAGAGGCCAAAAAUAACAGUGCAUGUCCUCCAAGAGGACGCCAUCAAAGGAGCUGUCAGUGAGGUCACCCUGGUGUGUCUGGUCACCAGUCGUAAGCUGCAGGACUACUACAUCGCCUGGACAGAACAUAUUGGACAAGAGAACGGCGAGUACACUGAUGGCAUCAACUCCCCGCCACAGAAGACCAAAACUGGCUACUCAGUCACAAGUGUUUACACCAUCACCAAGAAGAAGUGGGACACACAUAAGAUCGGGUGCAACGUCUGGCCUGCUGGCAGCAAUGUCAGCAUGGACCCGCAAGAGGUGUCGAAGGUCCAGGAGUCAGUGCCUUUUACUCUGAGCUGCACAGACGAUGCCAGUGAAGAGGAUGAGUACAGCAGUCUGUGGUCCACUGCGUCCUCCUUCGUAUUUCUCUUCAUAUCUUCUGUCUUCUAUAGCGUGAUACUGAGCCUGGUCAAGAUGAAGAGACAGUGAAUGACAAGAUGGACGCAGCAUGGAGACGACUACAGGACUUCAUUUCUUUUUUCCUUAUAUAGUUUGAAAAAAAUUUAAGUUCAAUCGCUUCGGAUAUUUCAUUUGAUUUGAUAAUAUACUGUUCAUCUACUAAAUCAGAGGGUCAUCAUGAAUUGUGAUUAAGGUAACUGGAUAUGGUUUUUGGCUGUGACAUAUAUAAAAAUAAAAAAAAUGCAUCUGCAGUUUAAACAUUGAUUGUAUAAAUAAAUGUGUGUGCUGUUGGUACAUUCUGAUUACAGAAAUUACCUGAUUACUUUUCUUUAACGCAGUAAGAGUAAUUAAAAGUGUGUUAGUGUAGUAUUCACUUUUUAAUAAUAUGUAAAACGUAUAUACACAUACAUGAAAUAAACAAGUAAAAAU